AUGGAAGCAGUGUUCCAGAUGCUCGCUCUGACUGGAAGGGUUGGGAUUUCCUCCGCUUUUGUGUUCGUCUUUGUGUUUUUUAUUGAGCCCGACCUUCAGCGUGAAUGCACUAAACCCACGGCCAGUCACUUGCUGCGACUGAAAGGGCCCAGUGAUCAGCCGCACAGAAUGGCUGCGGUGGGAACAGACAAGGAGCUCAGCGAUUUGCUGGAUUUUACUGCGAUGUUUGAGCUUCCAGUUUCAAAUGGAAAGAAUCGUCCAACCACUCUCGCCAGCCAGUUUGGAGGUGCAGAUGAGAGGAAUGGGUCUGCUCCCUGGGGACAAGGAGAGCAGAACAGUCCAUCCUUCAACCAGUCAAGGAGUUACGUUGAAGGAAGUCUUUACAGUGAGCAGGAAGGCAUCACUUCUGCUCCGCUCUUUGGCCCAGGAGCUGUUGGGAAGGCUGAUCGUGGCGCUUAUAGUUCAUUUCCAACACAGUCUGGAUUUAUGCCCAGUGAAAUGUCCCUGAACAGUCCUGAUGCUCUUUCAUCCUCCGGCCCCAAGUCAAAUGCACAGUUUUAUUCCUCUUAUGGGGGAGGCAACCUACGCAGACGACCUGCUCAAGAACCCAUUGAAACUCAGCCUAAAAAGAUCAGGAAGGUUCCACCUGGUCUACCAUCUUCGGUAGGUUCACCCUUUGUUUAUGCAUCAGCGACUGGAGAGGAAUUUAACAGGGAGAGUGCUUCUUUCCCAAGCUCUAAAGCAGGAAAUGUCUACCCUCCGUCUUACUACAUGCAAGAAGGUCUCCAUGCUCCAUCAGACCCAUGGGGCUCCGGUGGGUCGAUGGUUCAGCCUGGCUUUCCUGCCGCACUCGGAAACACCCCUCAUCUGGGACAGCAUGGCUCCUUCUCUGCCAUCAACCCUCAGGACAGAAUGAAGCGGCAGCCACUGCCACUGUCUCCUCAGAACUACCCCCUGCAUGGGAGUGAAGUCAAUGGAGCGCAUCCUCCUGGCUUCCAGUCCGGCUCCAGCAGCUUUGGAGUCCCCAGCCACACGCCUCCCAUUGCCAGCACGGACACACUAAUGGGUAAUCGUGUUACAGUUCAUGGAACUUCAGGUGAUGAAAUUGGAAAAGCUCUGGCCUCUAUCUAUCCUUCAGACCCAAACACCAGUGCCUACCCUCCAUCUCCAUCCACCCCUUCUGGCUCGCCCGAGGCUGUAUCAGCUUCUGCUUCCCAGUGGACUCGGUCUUCAAGCCAAAACACUCCAUCCCCUAAUUUUGAAGAGGGAAUGCACCCCAUGGAUCGCUUGGAGGAGGUGAUGAACGUUCUUCACCGUCAUGCCAAUGCACAGGGAAGGGCAGGACUGACUGAGAUGCACAACCUGCUUUCGUCUGGUCUAGCAUCCGCACAGGGCUAUGGUGGUGCUGUAGGACUUGCUAACCGCCUACCUGGACUGGGAACCAGUCAGCACGAGGACUCUGUAAGUCUGCCCUCUAGUGGAGGACUGCUGAACACUCACCUUGGUCCUGCAUCCAAUCAGUCUGGCUCUCAACCAGAAAAUUUUAGUGGCCUGCCUGGUGGAUUAAAUCGCUCCUCUUCCUCUGACAUCAAACGUGAAAGGAAGGAGGAUGAUGAGAACUGCUCUGUAACUGAUAGGUCAGAUGACGAGAAAAAGGAGUUCAGGAACCGCAUUCGAACAAGUAGCCUAGAUGAUGAAGAGGAUGAUGAAGACCUGCCAGUGGAGGUUAAGGCUGAACGAGAAAAAGUGCGGAGAAUGGCAAACAACACGCGCGAGCGGCUCCGCGUGCGGGACAUCAACGAGGCUUUCAAGGAGCUCGGCCGCAUGUGCCAGCUCCACCUAAGCUAUGAAAAACCACAGACCAAACUGAUCGUACUGCAUCAGGCCGUUAACGUUAUACUCAAUCUGGAGCAGCAAGUUCGAGGUCAGUGGGCGUCCAGGACCAAAGGAAAAGAUGGGGGCAAAGAACAAUCACACAGUCUCUACAUCUGCUUCAACCCCCUUUCUCCUGGCGGCAGCGUGGUCUCAGUGAGCGAUGAGAACCUGACUGCUGAAGAAAAGGAACAAAGGGAGCGAGAGCGGCGCCUAGCUAACAAUGCCAGAGAGCGGGUGCGUGUGCGAGACAUUAACGAUGCCUUCAGAGAGCUGGGCAGGAUGUGUCAGAUCCACCUCCAGAGCGACAAAGCCCAGACCAAACUGAUCAUCCUGCAGCAGGCCGUGCAGGUCAUAAUGGGCCUGGAGAAGCAGGUGCGAGGUAGAGCGGAAUCUAAACCCCAAGGCAGCAUGUCUCAAAAGGAGGGAGGAGGAGAAAGUUACUGGGGUGGACCAACAAAUCCAUCGAGGGACUCACCCAGGUCUGGGGGGAGAUGGACAUAUGUAAUACUCCGUGAUGGUUGA